AUGCAGUCCAUCAGAGACAUGAAGUCCAACUUUAGUACUCCGUCGUCGUCUAUUCCCGGUGGUCCCGAUGCUUAUCGCCAAGGCAACAUCAAGAUGACUCUGGAGAACCCAGAACUCUGGAAGUCCUUCCAUGAAAUAGGAACAGAGAUGAUUAUCACUAAACCAGGCAGGAGAAUGUUUCCACACUGUAAAAUCAACCUUUCUGGACUAAUUCCAUGUUCCAAGUACAUCUUGUUGGUUGACAUGGUACCUGUGGAUGGUUUCAGGUAUAAGUGGAAUAAGGAGAAAUGGGAAGUGACUGGGAAGGCGGAGCCGCAGCCUCCUUGUCGUACGUACCUGCACCCAGACUCUCCGGCCCCUGGGUGCCACUGGAUGAAACAGUCAGUGUCCUUCCUCAAGCUCAAGCUCACCAACAACACUCUGGACCAACAAGGCCAUAUCAUUUUGCAUUCCAUGCACUGCUAUCAGCCGCGCUUCCACAUUGUCCAGGCAGACGACAUGUACAGUGUACGCUGGAGUGUCUUCCAGACCUUCACCUUCUCUGAGACCACCUUCACCUCGGUCACCGCUUACCAGAACACUAAGAUAACAAAGCUGAAGAUUGACCACAACCCAUUUGCGAAAGGCUUCCGAGACGAAGGAACUAAUACAAAAAAGCAUGCUAACAGAAUCCCAGCCUCAACAGAGAAAAAAACAAAGGAAAUGGAUUAUCUAAGCAAAGACUCAUAUGUGGACAGCCCUUCAAAUGUAUGUUUUACAGGCUUACACAUGUCAUCAUAUGAGGGAUACGAAAGAGAGCGGGCAGAACUCACUGAGAGAAAAGAGGAGGAAGUGGUGAAAGAGGAGCACUACUCCCCUUGGGGGCCUGAGAGGGAGCAUGGACACCACGGCCAGUCAGACACACCCCCUGGACCCGGCGUCAGGGACAUGUACAAUGCAGAGCAGCUAGUACCAGACCCAGCUUCAUACCAGCCAAACAGGUUCCAUAAAUACGGGAGGUCUCCAUCUCCCUCCUCCAACCUGGGCAGCAGCAAUGGCGGUUCUGGACCGGCCAGCUUUGAGUCCAGAGUCCCUGAUGUAGCCACAGUCCCAGGGCAUGAGGCCCCCAAGCCCUUUGUUCAUGAGAUUAGACCAUCUCCCUGUGGCCCGCAGCCCCUUGCAGGACAUCAUCCGGACUACACAGGUGUGCUCAACAUGGCCCAAGCAGGCAAGCCAGGGGUCCUCAGCCACCACCACAUCUACAGCCCUUAUGGCACAGAGCAGACCCUGGGCCAGUGGAGCGGCCCCAGCCAUACCCAGUACCCUCCCCCUCACCACCUGCCCACUGACUACAGUACCCCGGCUGUGCACCAUGGAUAUCACCAUGGCAACGUGGCUGAGUGGAGCCAGUACCCACUCUUCUCCUACUCAUGCUGGUGA